AUGGGAUCUAACUUCUUCCAUCACCCGGACGGUUGGCUCGGUACGACACCAUGGUGGAAGGAUGCCGUCUUCUACCAAGUCUAUCCGGCUAGCUUCAAGGACUCCAAUGGCGACGGAUGGGGUGACAUUCCGGGGCUCGUCUCGAAAAUCGACUACCUGCACCAUCUCGGGGUAGACGUCGUCUGGCUGUCCCCGAUGUUCGAGAGCCCUCAGCAGGAUAUGGGAUACGAUAUCUCAGACUACCAGGCGGUGUACCCACGGUAUGGUACACUCGAGGAUGUCGACACGCUCAUCGAGGCUUGCCAUAGCCGCGGGAUGAAACUGAUUCUUGACUUGGUGGUGAACCACACGUCCGACCAACAUCCCUGGUUCGAGGAGUCCCGCUCUUCCAAGUUGAAUCCUAAGCGGGACUGGUACAUCUGGAAGCCGCCACGAUACGACGAUGCUGGACAGCGCAAGCCGCCUACCAACUGGCGUGGCUAUUUUGCCGGCUCGACGUGGACGUGGGACGAACGUACACAGGAGUAUUACCUGAAUCUGUACGGGCCGUUCCAGCCCGAUCUCAACUGGGAAAAUCCGGACUGCCGGGCAGCGAUCUACAAGGAAGCAGCGCGGUUUUGGCUUGAUCGUGGCAUUGACGGAUUCCGCAUCGAUACCGUCAACAAGUACUCAAAACGCACCGAUUUCAUAGAUGCGCCGGUCACCUGCCCAGGCGCCCAACAUCAACCGGCGCCCGAGAUGUGGUGCAACGGCCCGCGCAUCCACGAAUUCAUCCACGAGAUGCAGACACAGGCUCUCGCCCCCUACGGCGCUGUCUCGGUGGGGGAACUGUCUAACACACCUCACCCAAAACAAGUCCUGCCGUACGUCUCGGCAGCAUCGCAAGAGCUCGACAUGGUAUUUGAGUUUAGCAUGAUCCGCCUAGGCACCGGCAACCUGUUCCACGGCAAGUACAACUACCAGCCGUUUCCGCUGUCGGUGCUUAAACAGCAUGUGGCGACCUGGCAGACAUUCAUCGAGGGGACGGAUGGGUGGCACACGGUGUUUUGCGAAAAUCACGAUAAUGGCCGAGCUGUGUCGCGGUUCGGAGAUGACAGCACGCCAGAGCUGUGGGAAGCCAGCGCCAAGGCCAUCGCGCUGUGGCAGGUGACGUUAACCGGGACCAUCUUCUUGUAUCAGGGGCAGGAGAUUGGCAUGAGAAACAUGCCGGCGAGUUGGGGCAUUGAGGAGUACAAGGAUGUCGAGAGCCUUGGAUUUUACAAGGAAGCCAUCAAGGCCGGCGAUCAGAAGAAGGUUGACACGAUCCUCCACGGGCUCCGGAUAUUGGCGAGAGACCACUCCAGGAUACCGUUCCAAUGGGACGCCAGUCCCCACGCAGGUUUCACGGACGCCGGUGCUGAACCUUGGAUGAGAGUACAUGACGAGUACCCCAGCCUGAACGCGGCGAAACAACUGGCAGAUCCCGAGUCCGUCUUGGGAUUUUAUAGGGCAGCGUUGAGAUUGCGGAAGGAAUACCGCGACCUUUUUAUUCACGGGACUUUCAAGUUGCUAGCAAGUGAAGAUGAGGCGCUCUUCAUAUAUCUGAAAGAAAGCGAGAAGGACACUGGCCGAGGGACUGGUGGAGAGCGGAGAAAAGCCCUUGUCGUGAUGAAUUUUACGAGCCAGCGACAGCGGUGUCCAGAUAUCGGCGGGUUGUUGGGUUCAGGUCGAGGUCGGGAGAAAUUGAUGUUCGGCACAAAGAGGGAUAGCCAAACUGCGGUUGGCGGUGGCGAAGAACUGACGCCGUGGGAAGGGAGGGUGUAUGUGAACUUUGAGUUUUAA